CACCAGAAUGCUGCCAGGCACUGGGAUGGGCACCACAGGACAGCAGUGGAGCUGGUACUGGAACCAGUGGGCCUCAAGCCUGGUGGGCACUGGGAUGGGCAGAACAGUACGCUCCAGAGGUGAUGCCAUGUCUGCACCAGGCAAGGAGUACUGGGGCACUUGUCCCCUCCUCCUCUGCCCCACAGAGCCCCAGCUCCCAGAUUCCCAUUAUUCCCUGACUCCCGUUAUUCCCCAACUCUCACUGUCAUUCCCAACCCUUGAGAACAUGCUGUGCCAGGCUGGGAGCAUCCCACACCCUGCAGGCACUAGGACGAGCAGCCGCACUGAGCCGUGCCAUGAAUUAUUGAGGCAGGUAGAGCAUUGCAUUGGCCCCGUGCCACCUUCCUCCUUCCACGGGUGGGACGGGCGGCUCCAGUUUCUCCUGAGCCGUGGCGGGGCCUGGAGACCUUUGGACCGUGACGUGAGCGCCGGGAAGCCCUUAAGAGGCAGCGCAGGGCACGGGGCACAAACAGCCGCACACCUGCAGCCAUGACCGUCCCCAUCGCCAAGUCCUUCUAUGACCUGAGCGCCACCUCCUUGCAGGGGGAAAAGGUGGAUUUUGGGGUUUUCCGGGGCCGCGUGGUCCUGAUUGAGAACGUGGCUUCGCUCUGAGGCACCACGGUGCGGGAUUACACCCAGCUCAACCAGCUCCAAGCCCGCUACCCCCGGCGGCUGGUCGUGCUGGGAUUCCCCUGUAACCAGUUUGGAUACCAGGAGAACGGCACUAACGAGGAGAUCCUCAACACCCUGAAGCACGUGCGGCCCGGGGGUGGCUUCGAGCCCAACUUCACCCUGUUCCAGAAGUGCCAGGUGAACGGGACUGACACCCAUCCCGUGUUCGCCUACCUCAAGGCUCACCUGCCUGCACCGGCCGACGAGGCCACACACCUGAUGGCCGAGCCCCGCUUUGUCACCUGGAGCCCUGUGCGGCGCUCCGACAUCUCCUGGAAUUUUGAGAAGUUCCUGGUGGGGCCUGAGGGGGAACCGUUCCGGCGCUACAGCCCCCGUGUGCCCACGGCCCAGCUGGAGCCUGACAUCCAGCGUCUCCUCAAGCUGGCCAAGUAAUCCUAGCUCCAGCAUGAUCCUGGCUCUGGUGUGAUCCUGGCUCCGGCGUCACCCCGGGAUGGCCCCAGCUCUCCGCAGAGUGACAGCCCCCUCUGAAACCUCCACGGGGAGGGGGCUUGAUGGGGGCAGAGGGUUGGAGCCGCCGGGGCAACGUGGGCUGGUGGCAAUAAAUGAGCUGGAGGGAG